GAGUGUGUGGCGGGCGUGCAGAGCUGGGAGGCACACGCAGAGAAACUGGAGGCGCCACGAAGCACUUGCAGCUACCUGGUGUGGUACGAGCCACAGACGCGCCCCAGUGUGGCGCAGCGCCUGCUGUCGCUCCUCUCCGCCUUCCUCUACGCGCUGCUCACCCACCGCGCACUGCUCGUUGACACGCACGGCGACCUGCCCAGCCUGCUGUGCAACCCCUUCCCGCGCUCCUCCUGGUGGCUGCCGGCAGGGCUGCCAGAGCACUUCCGCCUGCACCCGCCGCACCAGGGCGAGUGGGUCAACGGCAGCACCAGCAACCAGUACUAUGCGCCACUCAAUCGCAGGGACGUGGCAACCAUCUACUUUGAGGAGCAGCGCUAUGCAUGGGAUGAACAAUUCUUCUGCACCUCCAUGCAAGCCCAGCUGGCCCGCAACGCCACGUGGCUGGCCAUGCUGUGCGACCAGCACCUGCUGCCCUCGCUCUUCCUGCUGCCCGCCUUUCACCGUCCCUUGCACCGCCUCUUCCCCUCCCGCGUGCUGCUGCACCCGCUCGCGCGCUACCUGCUGCUGCCCGCCAAUGCCGUGUGGGAGAGGGCGCUGAGGGCGCACCAGGGCCACCUGGCGCAUGCAUGGCGCUCCGUGGGCGUGCAGCUUGCAAGUGGGGGGAGCGUUGCGAUGAAAGAGGCGAUGAGGGAGCAAGCCCUGGAGUGCGGCAUGUCGCAGGGCGUGCUGCCGCUGCCCCUGGCACCCUCGCAGCUGGCCGCCUUCCUCAACCACUCCUCCCGCGCACGCCACCUCUCCCUCUCCUCCCGCUCCCUGCUGGAUGGGGGCGGGGAGGAGGGGGGGACGGGAAGGCAGGGGGAAGGACAGGUGGAAGGGAAAGGGGCAGGGAAGGGGGAAGGGGCGCAUAAGAAGGCAGGCAGGGGCGAGGGGAGCAACCCUCAGCGCCGGCAGUUUGGGCUCUUCUCCCGCCCGCUGGGCGGGGAGGCAAGGGCACCGCACAAGAACGAUGGGAAGCGGGGAGCAGGCGUGGGAGCAAGCGGGCAGAGCAGUGGGGAAACAAGUUCUUUCUCUCAUGAUGCUGCUGCCACUGCUGAUGGCGGUGGUGCUAGAGAGGGCGAACUGGGCAGCAGCGGCGGCAGGGUGGUGAGGGGGAGGGCGAGGGCGCGGGUGGUGGCGGUGUUUGUGGCGGCAGAUAGCUUUGCGGCGUUCAAGUUCUUCAAACGCGCCUACGCCCAGUGGCCCACCGAGGACCACAGUGUGGUGGCGGUGCAUGCUGAGGUGGAGGAUGACUCGGAGGAGCGCCUGCUGUCGGCCAAUCAGAUGGAGCUUCUGCGGAUCUGGCUGCUCAGCACGUGCCAGUUCAUCAUUGCCAGGUCAGCACGGUUGUUCGUUUCUCUCCCUUCCCUUCCCCUCUCUUAUUCCUCAGUACUGCGCUUCUGCAUCCUUGCACAUCCCACAUGCACUCUGCCAGAUACGCCCCGCAUCAGCAGAGGGCUAUCUAGCCAGCGGCCUCGCAGGUCGCCCUCCCUUCCUGCUCUCACGCCAUCUUACCACCACCACCAUUCAUUCUCCUUCCACCCGAAUCUCCUUCCCCCAUUCCCCCUUUCCCCUUUCAGCCCCGCAUCAGCAGAGGGCUAUCUAGCCAGCGGCCUCGCCGGCCGCCCACCCUUCCUGCUCUCACCCCCACUUCCCACCACCGCCACCACCGAGAGUCACCACGGCGACCCAGCAACAGCAGCAGAGGCGGCAGCGGCAGCAGCAACGGGAGGGGUGGGGCAGGGCGGGUGCACGCGCAGUUGGUCAACAGAGGGGUGCCACUUGGGCGCUCCUCUCUCCCUCAUAUGCUCAUCAUACCCGCAUGGGGACGGGUCAGCGGGGGUGAGGGAGCGAGGGCACCGCUCCACCGACCCGGCACGCUGGCUGCCCUUCCUGCGGCGCUGUGCUGACCACGCUCAAGGGCUCACGCUCCUGCCCAAGCUCACUCACCCUGACCCGUGA